AUGGUAUUUUUAUACUUUUUAAUGUCAUGUUUACAGAUCUUUAAGAAUGAGCAGGUUAAUCUGAGAUACUAGAAAAAAAUGACACCAAAAACUCAAGCUACAACUAGUUUUCCUGUGCCCACAAAACAUUUCCAUCAUCAAUUUCCUCAGCAUGAUUUAGGCUUCCAGCUGCAUGCGCGUGAGUCAUUAUGCCAGAGCCUUUUUGCCAGGUAGAUCUGUGACGUCAGAGGCAUCAGGAAGAGAGAACCAAUAAACAGACAGACUUGUCUAGACUGACUGUUGCUUUGGAAACCACUAUCCGUAUUGACAUACAAUUCCAUGGCAGGAGAAUACGGCCAUCAUUCAUCAGCGCUUUAGGACCCCCUGUCUCUUGUCUCAGAAAGGUGAUGUCACAACAGCCAACCAGCAGAGAGAGAGGAUCCAUCAGCUCUGCUUUACACUAAUCCCUGAUUCCCUGAGCGCUAUACUAUCACCUCUGUAUAUGGUCAGGUUACGACAGCCAGGAGAGAUGACUGAGGUCAGGAUACAGAAUAUCACAUCUGCUCCUCUGUUCGUCCCCAUUUGAGACACUGUAAUAGCUUUGAAGUACUUCAUUGGGGUGACAACCUGUGUCUGCCUUACGUCGGUGUUUGUUCUAUUCCCCAUGUUAACCUCUGUGAGUCUCUGAUUCUACUUGUAGUUUACCUUAAAUUAGUACAAGGUGAUUGUGGCAGCAGAGGCCUAUGCACCAAACCCAGUACAUCUGGGCAGACAGCCUACACAGUGGAAGACAGGGUUGCACUCUCUGCAGUAAAAUGCAGUUUAUAUUUGCAUUGCUAAAUAACCUUAAUAAAAUCAUAAGUUAAUAGCCUUUAAAGUUCAGUCAGACAGUCAUUUUGUGCUUUAAUAUGCAGUGACCUUUAAAAGACAUACAAGAUUAAGCACAGAUGGUCAAUUUACAUUUCUCACUUCAUUUAGUCAUAUAAAGAGAAUCAUGUCAUUUUGAUGAGCAGAGCAUAUACCAGUGUGUACUAAAUAAUUCUACACCCUGAGCUCAGUUGGGAAGCACUGAUGCGUUCAAAUCUCUGGCCUAGCCUGUAUGCCGUUGUUCUGUUCUGUAGCUCCCCCUGGUGGUUAGUUGGAAAACCGUGCUGACAUGGUGAUGUGUGUUACAGGAGAAGAUAAGUUAUGGUCCCCUUCAUCUGCUGGUAGAGGGCAACUCCUCUACUCCUCUGCAGUUUGGUCUAGCUAUAUCAAUAACAUCGUUGUAGAAGUGCUGUGUGACACACAAUGUAUUUUUAGUUAGUGCUUCACAACAGUACUUAAAAGAUCUUAGGACACAUUGAAAAUAGUUAAUGAGCUCCAACUCUAUGUUCAUUUGCUUACAGUGCCUUCAGAAAGUAUUCACACUCCUUGACUUUUUCCACAUUUUGUUGUGUUACAAGGUGGAAUUAAGAUGGAUUUAAUAGUUGUUGUUUUUUACGAUCUACACAAAACUACUGUCAAAGUGGAAGAAAUAUUCUAUCAUUUGUAAAAGAUAUAUUGAAAAAUAAAGCACUAAUAUAUCUUUAUUAGAUAAGUAUUCAUUCCCCUGAGUCAACACCAGUGGCGGUCGGUGCCGUUUAAGAUGAGGGAGGACAAAACAUGUUUUAUGAGCAUGGCCUUAUUUCAAUUACAGCAUAUUGGAUGACUGUCAUUCAUAUUCCAUUCACCCAGCUCAAUGUAACAAAUCAAAUCAAAUUUGAUUUGUCACAUAAACAUGGUUAGCAGAUGUUAAUGCGAAUGUAGCGAAAUGCUUGUGCUUCUAGUUCCGACAAUGCAGUAAUAACCAACGAGUAAUCUAACCUAACAAUUUCACAACAACUACCUUAUACACACAAGUGUAAAGGGAUGAAAAAUAUGUACAUAAAGAUAUAUGAAUGAGUGAUGGUACAGAACGGCAUAGGCAAGAUGCAGUAGAUGGUAUCGAGUACAGUAUAUACAUAGGAGAUGAGUAAUGUAGGGUAUGUAAACAUUAUAUUAAGUGGCAUUGUUUAAAGUGGGUAGUGAUACAUUUUUUACAUCCAUUUUUCAAUUAUUCCAUAACAUUGAUAGGUUUAGGCUACUUACUACAUGAUACUCAAAUUUUCCCUAUACCCAACAUGAGGUUGCUGCAACCUAGCCUAUGAAUGAAAGUUUACAACGUAGGUGCGUGCACAGGUCGAGAGAAAUUUGAGUAAUCAAGGUGACCGACAUUGACACAUUCAAUACCACCUUGCACAAUCUUGCCUGCAUCUAGCUCAUCUAGGGUGUAAUCAUUAGUCCAACAGUUGCAAAUGGGAGAGUUUCUAUUGGACAAAUUCAGUUAUGUUUAUGUUUUUCAACAGAAUCAGCGGAAUGAAUACACCCCUGAUCACACGCAAACAGUUCACUUUCAUAGCAGCCAGAUCGUUGUAUAAUUCCUUCUUGCAUCUACGCGCAUCUUACCUUUUCCCUUCGCUUGUGGACUUCAGUGCACAACAUAUCAGCAGUCAGUGACCAGGCGAAAUAACCUUUCCAAGCCAAACCCUCUGUUUGAGCCGGGUGUUUGAAUAGUCUAAACUAGCUAGCUAGCUGCAUUUGCUAGCUAAGUAAGUGAAACCAAAAAAAUGUUUAAUGGAAUAUGUGCUUCUACACCUGCAUUGCUUUCUGUUUGGGGUUUUAGGCUGGGUUUCUGUACAGCACUUCGAGAUAUUAGCUGAUGUACGAAGGGCUAUAUAAAAUAAACUUGAUUGAUUUGAUUUGAAUAUAGCUAGCUCGCUCUCUCACAUCUCCUUCAUUUUUGAAGAAAUUACUUUGUUCAAAACUGUUCAACUAUUGUCUCUCUCUCUUUGAGUUAACUACUAACCUCAUUUUAUGCACUGCAGUGCUAGCUAGCUGUAGCUUAUGCUUUCAGUACGAGAUUCAUUUUCUGUUCCUUUGAUUGGAUGGACAACAUAUCAGUUCAUGCUGCAAUACCUCUGAUAGGUUGGAGGACAUCCUCCAGAAGUUGCCAUAAUUACUCUGUAAGUCUAUGGAAGGGGAUGAGAUCCACGAGUAAAUGUGCCCAGAGGAAGAUGGAAACUAGCUGCUGAUGCUACUGUAGACCUUCAUUGCAAAACAAUGUGUUUUAAACAAUUAUUUGGUGACGUGAAUACAUUUAGUAUUAAUUUUUCACUAUUUUUAUGAAAUUCACCAAGGAGGAUGGUCCUCGCCUGCCUCCUCUGAGGAACCUUCCCUAUACAAGUUAGAAUCACCUUUGGCAGCAAUUACAGCUGUGAGUAUUCCUGGGAUGAGCCCUCCAGGGCUGUAAACGCGCCCCAGCUGGAGACAUGUUCUAAGGGCAGCAGCAGACCUGCGCUGUGACAACCAUGAAAGGGUUAGGACCCAAUCGCAGCCGUCACCUGUCGGACUCCUGUGAGCCAUCGGGGGCCCCAAAGAAGCCACUGUACCCCUUGACCUCUGACGCCCACGGCCUCUUCCUUCUGAGCCCCACCAUGAACCACUACGGCACCCUGGACCCCCACCAACUCUACCAGGGCCCCAACCCCCAAUCGCUGCCUUCGGAGUGCCUGCUGCCCCUCAACCAGAUGUCCAACAGCAGCACCUUCCCCCGCCUCCACUUCACCUCCCAACAAGAGCAGGCUGACUACUCCCCGGACUACUACCAGGGCUACAUGGUCCCUGCCGGGGGUGGGCCUGUGGGCAGCCGGGCGGGCACCCUGUCCACCUCCAUGUCCAUGGGCCUGGGUCUUAGAGGGGCUCCCAUGAUCACCAGUGGAUCAGUUACCAUCUCCUCUGCAGCAGCGGCCAAGAUGAACCGGCUGCCAUCUAACCUGUUGGACCAGCUGGAGAAGCACCUACCUCUGCAAAGGGAUGGCUUCAGUACCCUCCAGUUCCACCGGGGAAGGGUGGCCAAGCAGCGCAGCGAGAGUCCCGGACGCAUCCGUCACAUUAUGCACUCUGUCCAGAAGCUCUUCAACAAGUCCCAAUCCCUGGAGGGCUCGGUGGUCAAGGGCAACAUGAACAGCACUACAGGUGGAGGUGAGGAGGGGACCAGGCAGACCCGCAGGAGUAAGAGUAAAGACAGGGCUAAGACUGAGACGCUGAAGCAGCAACCUAGCAGGCAGAAUGCACUGGGACUCUGGAGCUCAGACAAUGCCCUGGAGAGUGACACCACCACCAAAGCUGGCACUAUCGCCAUGGGCUACCGUAACCCACUUAGCAUGAUGACGUUAGGCAGGGCGGUGUCGGACAGCCAGGCCCCUCCCAGGCACCUCCCACAUGGCUACAACACCAUCUCUGCUCACACACUCAAGGCCUCCAAGAGCAGCAGCGACCUGAAGUACCUGGCCUGCCCGCAAGCGCUGGCAGGGACCAGGGGAGGGGAGCUGGUGGGAGGAGGAGGCAGGGAGAGCACCCUGGUGAAGAGAGGCUCCUGGUCCACACUGACCCUCAGCCAGGCCAGGCAGGUGCUCCAGAAAGGUUCAGCCACAGUCAACAGGACGCUGCUCAAAACCAAGUCGUGUCACCAGGACCUGACCUGUCAGUACCUCCAGGUAGGAGGCCAAAUUCCCCUGGGGGACUGGAGUGCUACGCUGGGGGGCCGGGGCCGGCCCGGGGGUCUGGAGAUCCCCUGCCGGAGGAUGCGUAGUGGCAGCUACGUCAAGGCCAUGGGGGACGUGGACCAGGACAGCGAGGAGUCUGAGGGAAGCCCCAAAUCCUCACCCAAAACAGCUGCCCGCCGCCAGAGCUACUUGAAGGCCACCCAUCAGUCCCUGAGCGAGCAGCAGCCUCCACCACCUCUGCACAAGCCUCGCUGUUACGCUCUCAUGCUGAAGGAUAAUGGGGUACUGUGGUCUCCGCUACAGAGUGCAUGCUCAAUGCAGCAUUUGGCCAGCUGUCUCCCCUCCCUGAGAGAGCUCUCUACCAAUCGGAGCCUGGACAACCUGGACUGCUUGGUGAGCCCAGGAGAGCCCCCGAUGGCCAUGCGGCACUGGGACGAUGGCAAAGACUUCCACCAGAGCUACUCUACCCUGGGCAGGGGCAUGAUGAGCAGUGGGCAGGUGUGUGGGCAGGGCUGCGGGCGCUCGCUGUACUGCGAGGGGGAGUCCCAGGCGGUGGAGGCUUUGAACCUGCCCACACCGACGUGCUUUCGCUCCCGCAGCCACAGCUACCUGCGGGCUAUCCAGGCCGGCUGCUCCCAGGAUGAGGACAACGCCUCAGUGGACUCUGAUUCACCUCCACCCACCACCACCGGCUGCACCUACACCUCCAGCCCCACACUGCCGACGUGUGUAAGCAGCUCCUGUAAGAAGGCUCCCCCGCCGGUCCCUCCGCGCACCACCUCCAAGCCCUACAUCUCUGUGACGGUGCAGAGCAGCACUGAGUCGGCCCAGGACACAUAUCUGGACCAACAAGACCACCGCAGCGAGGCCAACAGCCAAUCAGGACGCAGCAGCAACUCUUCCGGCAGCCUCUGCAGCCUGCGUACAGGCAGCCUGGCCAAGGGCUCAAAGCCCCCGGCCCCCGUCGCCACCCCUGUCCCUGCCCCGAGGGACUCCCACCCACCACCCUCCUCCACCACCCAGUCUUUGCCCCAGGUCCAGCCCCAGAAUGACACUCUAAACCCAGGCCCCAGCCUCACCCCAGACCAGUCCCUGACCCUACCAGAGCCUGUUCCCACCAAAAGGAAGCUCUCAUCUAUCGGUAUCCAGGUGGAUUGCGUUCAGCCAAUCCAGAGAGAGGAUCAACCGCCUCCCUCGACCAAGUUCCAGUCUAUUGGAGUGCAGGUGGAGAACGGCAGGCCACUCAGCCGGGCCAGCAGCAUGGCUUCCAGACAGGAGACAGAGACAGAGCCUCAAGACUCUAAACAAGACGCCCCUACCUCAGAAAACAACAGUACAGUCCACUGCAACAGCCAGCUGCUAGACCCCGACCCCGCUGCUUCCAACGGUAAGGAGUGUGCGGUGGUGCGGCAGCCCCCUAAACAUCCCUCUUUCCCGGCUAGAGCAUCCGCCUCCCUCCCAGAGAGCCUGGACCCGACCUUGGAUCCCUCCUUCCUGCCCCCUCCGGACCCUAGCUUGGUGAGUGGAAACGGCAGUGCCCAGGGAGAUGCGGCCGCACCCAGCACCUGCCUCCGGGACGGCAACUGGUUUCUCAAACUUCUACAGGCUGAGACGGCACGCAUGGAAGGCUGGUGUCAACAGAUGGAGCAGGAGACCAAAGACAAGAACAUCUCAGAGGAGGUGAUGGGCACAGUCCGCAGUGCAGUGGGCAGUGCCCAACUCCUCAUAGCCCAGAAGUUCCAGCAGUUCAGAGGACUCUGUGACGAGAACCUUAAUGUGAAUGCCAACCCUCAGCCCACAGCUCAGGACCUGGCAGGGUUCUGGGACCUACUGCAGCUCUCUGUAGAGGACAUCAGUGUCAAGUUUGAUGAGCUCUGGCAACUCAAGGCAAACAACUGGCAGCUGCCGGAGCAGAAGGAAGAGAAGAAGCCUGCACCCCCCGUUGUGCCAAAGAAGACAUCCAAGCCCAAGCUGAGCCCUGGGAAGGACCGGAGCAUAGAUUCAGCGGUGGACAAGCAGCGGCAGGAGGCCAGGAAACGCCUGAUGGCGGCUAAACGUGCGGUGUCCGUACGACAGAACUCUGCCACGGAAAGCUCAGACAGCAUUGAGAUCUACGUCCCCGAGGCCCAGACACGCCUCUGAGAAUGUACCACCAUUGGCACCCUGCUCCCCCCCCACACACACUAGUGAACACACACACACCUUGCUCCCCAUGAAGGAACAGCCUCAAACACAGUAGAGAAACACCCAGGGGCGGAGAGGUCGGUCCCCUAAUUUCAGCGCAGCGUCCGAUAGGAGGAGAGCACAGGACCGCAAAAAAUGCAGAACAAUGCAAAACUUUUUCCUUCCUGGCUGCCAUGGAGACAGAGACCUGAACAGACAUUUAGUACUAUUAAUAUUAUAUUAAGUAUUGUUUUCUCCUAAAAUAUAUCAAGACUGUCUUAAAUGUGCAAGUAUCUUGGAUAAAAGGACAUCCUUAUUCCUUGUGAGCUGAAGAAUCUUGGUAUCCCAGAAGUUUACUUUCUUCUCACCCCCUCACUGCUUCUGAGUCUGCGAGCUGGACUGGGCUCUCUCGUUUACGAGCUACGUACCACCACACUCAGGAUACACACAGGUGUACUCACUCCCGGUCCACACACAGUCUUCCUCUUCUCACUUUGUAUUAGGCUGCCACUGCAUUGGUUGUGGACGAUAGGCUUUAAUGUGUAUGGAAUUAAAUCUAUAUGAGAUGAUGGGGUUGUCGUGUACAGAGGUAGAACACAGUCAGAAGACCAGAGGAAGACCGUAGCAUUAGAUCUAUCUCACACUGGUUAUUAGUAGGAUGGGUCUUUUUUUUAAAUGUUCUUUAUCAGAUUGUUAGACAAGGUCCAGUGUUCAGUACUAAGUUAUUUUUUUAUAGAACAGGUACAUGUACUGUCAUGAUGAUAUUUGCACAUGAUGCAAUCAUUAACUCUCACUCACAAACACACACUGUGCUGUCUGUCAGUGUCUGUGCAGACUCAUGUUUUAAGUCUUAUAUGCCCUUUUAGGGAAGAAGAGAGAUUACUAUGGCCAGUUGAUGUGUGCUACAGUAGGAAUGUAGAAUACAUUGAAAAUAACUUGAUGACUGCACCUUCCACUCCAACUGUUUACUCCAGAUCAAGUCAGCGCCCUUCUGUUUCCCUACUUAUUUGGUGCAGGGGACCAUGUGUAUCUCUAUUUAUUACAUUCCCAGUUUCCCACUCAACCUCCUUUACAAGGACUCCAGGCAGAAUCGCUCCAAUUUGAUUCAGAAAGGGAAUCGACUAUAAGCUCCCUGUCUUCCCUGAUUACAAAGACUGAUUUAUUUUCACCUGCAUAGGCCAGAGCUCUGCAAGUUGUUUUGGGAGACAACUAGUGUAAGUAAAAUGGGACAUUUGAGAUGGCAACGUAAAAAUGAUUCUGAUGUCCAGUCAAAAAAAACAACCCCUAGCCUCUAAAUGUUCAUUUUUUUUCUCAGAUCUGAAGCGAUAGGUAAUAGCCAAACGAUAUGUAAUGAGUGUACCUAGUCAUGCAAUGUGCUGUGAGGAGCUUCCACGAUACUGCUUCCUCCAGUCUAAUUCUUAGACUAGUGGUUGUUUUCUGACUGGGCUGAGUUUUCUCAGGGUGAGCGCUCAGUCACUUAACACAAACAGUCAAAACCAUAACAGCACUUUGGUCAUCAUACCCCAUUAAUAACCACUACUUGAUUGGUCAAAGCCUUAACUCAAACUGUCUGAAAUGAUUAAUGAUCCAAAAGAAUGAAUACAUACCAUACAUUAUAAAGAAAUGUAUUUGCAUAAGUAUCACCCAUCUGUGCAUUCAAAAGGUGUGAAUCAAAGUAUUGGUGUCUAGUCAAGUACUAUUCCUGUUUUGUUGACGUGUUUCAGACUAUGCUCCAGCUGAAUUAUUGUAGUUAUAUUAGUGUCUGGCAGCUUGACAUUUCAUUCCUGUAUACAGAAAAAUGCACAUUGAGGAGAUUCAGGGACUAGGGUACAUUCUUUUUAAGCAUUUUAUUUUGUAUGAGACAUUUCAUGUGACCUGUUAUGAAUUUAUGUUUGACCUGUGCCAUAAUGGUUAUUGGUAUUUUUCUGGGUUUGGAGAGUUGAUGGUGCUGCACAGGAUUGACCAUUGUACUGGGAUGGUGUGGAAUUAAAUGCCUUUUCAAGAGAAACAUUUCAGCAUCACUGAAAAACAGGCUUAUUCCCACUAUAGCAGGACAAUAACAUGUAUGUAAAUGAGCUUUCAGCUUUGCAUUUCUCAUAACAUGAAAGUUAAUUUUCACAAAUGAAUCUUAACGUUCCACUCAUUCUCUGAAUUCCAAAUCAAGCCCCUAACCAAGGUACUCCUGUAGAUCUGAAACUAUUGGACAGGUUGUAGGCCGUCAUUGUAAAUAAGAAUUUGUUCUUAACUGACUUGCCUAGUUAAAUAAAAAUAAAUAAAGCAAUAUGGUGCAAGAAAUUCCACCCAGUCUAACUGAAGCAAAUAACCUCUGAUCAAAGGUGAUGUGACGUUAUGCAUAAACCUAUGUGAGGGAUUGAUUUGGAAUUUAGAAAUGGAUCAUCUGCAAAAUCAGGAUCUCAGUACUACUUGUCCCCUUGAAGAGCUGGCUCUCCCCCCAAUAUGGUCAACACCUUUGUCACAUGGCUGCCCCCAAUGUGCUGAUCUGAUCCACAGUCAGUUUUGUAUUUUUAGCUCAUAAUGUCAAAGAAUAGAGAGAAUUAGAACUGGGAAACUACGGACAUGUACAUUUCAUUGUCCAAAGAAAUCAUUAAACAUCCCUUUGUUACAGUACAUUUCCUUGUCACCAUCAUUAUACUGUUCUAUUAUACUCAUUUCUAUAUGUAAUAUUAGCUCAGAUGUUAAUAUUACAGAUGAUCGCUGUAGUUGGCUAUUUGUUAUACCCUAAAUGCAUGAACCAUAUCUCUUUGAAUGGCCAUCCUCAUAGCUCAGAGUCAUGCAAAGAUCCUAUUGAGAUCACAGUACCAAUCACAAUCUGUUUUCUGUCAGUGGGUGGAGAUGGCUAUAUUCUGUCUCGUGUCAUUCAGGGUUGGUGAAUUGGUCUUAGUCAAUUGCAAAGAUCUUUAACACAUUUCACCAUAUUGAUUGAAGAUAUAAGUGGAGGGAAAUCAGACUAAGAUUUCAUUUUAUCAUCUAUCUUUAAUCGUUACAGUGAAAUGUGUUAAAGACAUCUUUGCAAUGCACUGGCACAGCAUAGGCUCCAGAAUGUAGAUCAUGUUUCUAGAUUAGAUUCCUUUCGAAUCAGGAGCCUGGAAGGAUCAAACCCUUUAGUCCCACACUACUUCAAGAGAACAUGGCCUGAUCAGGUAGUUUGUAUACUUGAGAUAUAAAGGGCUAUAAUGGACACAGAAGGGCCAACCCCUGAUGGCAUAUAUACUGUUGAGAAUGGAUGAUGCAAAACUCUUCAGUCAUCUGGCUUGGAUUGUUAGAACUGAUGAUCUUGAUUGUAUCCUUAACGUCAAUAACAUUUUCCCUUGAAUCUCUUUCAGGGUAAUGAUGGGAGACUAACAAAAUUCCCUACUAUAUCAUCUAUUCUACAGAUUAACUUUUCUAUGGACAGACGUACCUUAUAAUCUCAUUUACCUGACUGUAGCUAUACCUUCUUAGACUUGUCACUGGUGAUUACACUAUCCCCAUUAACCAACUCCUCUUUGAGAGAUGCAAAUAGUGAAACAUACAUAAAUAAAUUAGAUAAAGAGGACCAUUUAGAUACUACUGGUCAUUAUUUACAAAUCAAGCACAUUCUAUUCUAUUGAUAAGGGGUUGUUCAUAUGGUAUACUAGUUAGACACUGUGAGGGUUGUUUCUUUUGAAAGAAUAAAGAAUUGUGAUUACCAUUAAAAUAUGUGGAUAUGAA